CUGUUCCACGUUGUUUUUGUCACGAUGACAUGAUUAAGAAGUUCUGUAGCAAAUUGCUCAAAAAGUCUAUGGAGGGAAGCUUAAUUAGCUUUGAUUAAUUUAUAUCCUGCUGUCGGGUUGGGGGGCAUGAUUCAAAGAUCGUGGAGAAGCUCCAACACUGUUCUCAUAAGAUUUACCAUGGCCCCAUCAGUAGUGUUAAAUUCCUUUGUCGACAAACUAUACAUGGAAGGAAGAAGAAGACAAAAAAAAAAUUUAAUGUCAAACACGAAGAGGCAACAGGCACCGACAGCCGGAUGACAAUGAGUUGGGUUGGAGCGGGUUAUGCCAAACGCAAAUCUAAAAGCUCAUGAGUUUAUUCACCAAAAAAAUUCAGGGUAAAACCCUUUGAUCGGGUUUGGAAAACUCAAAUCCAAUUCAACCCGCUGGGUAUUCGCGAGUUUAUGGGUACUCACGGGUUCUAGUACAAAGAUGCAAUUACACUAGUUUUCACAACUAUUGUCUACUACAUACAUAUACACUAACUCAUAAAUCAUUCAUACGAAUUGUUCAAUAUUAAAAAUAAACAUCCACAAAUUAAACAAUAUAAAUAAUUUAACGUGUAAGUAAUUAGUUUAGAAAUUAUAGUUAAUUAGUUAAGGGUUUCGUGUGUCGUGAGGGGUAUGAUUGUGUGCGGGUCAUUAGAGAGUGGUAUAAGAUCCAUCAUAACCUUCUCCCAAUAACUCGAGUUAUUGGGACCAACUGGUUUAUGACAUGGUAUCAGAGCCUUGUUUGGCCAAGUGGUCGUUUGUUCGAAUCUCCACGACCCCCAAUUAACAGUUGAUUAAAGCAUAAGGUAUGGUGAUCGCCUGACCAACUGAUUUAUGACACGGCUAUCCACGGGUUGGAUAUGGCUAAACCCAAACCCAACCCGCAAAAAAGUAUAGCGGGUUUAAACCAGAAUACGACCAGUAAUCCAUCAAAGCGGAUUUUACCCGUGUUGGCCGGAUUGGGUCGAUAUGUUACCCAAGAAUUCGGGUACUAUUGCCAUCGAGAGGUAAAUUUUUGGAAAGUGGGACAAACGGCCUCUCCUGGAAGUCCGCAACUAGCAAGGAAGCCCUAAUGUGUUAUGUGUCUUAUGGAUUGCCGUUCUGCAGGAGAGAGAGAGAGAUUAAGGAGAACUAGAAGAAGGUGAAGAAGAUUAAUGAACCCAUAACCGACAAGAAUCCAAAGAACCUACUUUAUGAUGAUCGACCUCAUGUUGCGCGCGCGUUCAUAGAGGUUGUACGUCACCGGAUCGAGCACAAAGUAUUUGUGAUCGUUGAAUGGAUGUACUGACAAUUUUAUAACCACGUAGCAGUUAUGAUGCUUACAACUUAUAGUGCAUGCUAAUAGAAGUUGUAUAUCUCAAAUCUAGCACAAAACGUUCGCAACUGUUAAAUGAAUAAGGUGACAAUUUAUUUACAAAAUUAUCACCGCAUCUGCACCCAACAACUAGUAUGCAUCUUGUGCUUGAUCCGACGACUUGCAGUUUGGGCUUAGCCAAAUUGGACACGUAGAGACGUAGUAAGUAGUAACCCCUUUUUGUCCAUGUGGGUCGGGUCGCAGCUGGUUUUACUCAUUAAGGCGCAGACCAAACUUUUUUGUCCCUAUAAGAUACGGAAUGGGUUAGGGACUUAGGGUGGUAGUUGGUAGUUAUACGUUUCAUUUCCCUCGUGACUAAAUAUGUGCCUUUCUUGAUCGAUCGUCCUUAUUUGUUAGCUAGGGCAUAAAACACCAGUGCACUCUUCUUUGACAAUUAAUAUGAAUCGAGCUUCUACGUGUGAUAUCGGAUACUGGUGGAGGAGAUCAUAUCAGACCAUUAAUAUAUCAGUCACCUUCAGUACUCAUCCAGUAUAGUAGCAACAAUGACAAGGAAGAGACAGUAAAUUAACUCCAUCGGCCAGAGAGAUACGCCACUUUGUGAUCGAUGAAGAAAUUGAUUGUGGUGUAGCAAAUUGUGAUAAAAUGGAUUGUAUACGGAACUACAUUCGUAUACCAAAAUUGUGAUAAAAUCGUGAUCUAAUCCAAAACGAAGAUAUUAAUCAAUCUACAAUCUUCCCAUCAACUACUAGCUAGUUCAUGCUAUAAAUGAAAUGGUGGAGUUUCGGUUAGUUCGGUUAUAACCGGGUUAUCGGUUAACCGAAUUGCCUGCCCCUUACCGACAACCGACCGAAAUAGGGAUUUAGGUUUUCGAUUAUCUCGAUUUUUCGGUUAACCGAACCACCUCCAAGAAAGCACUACCAUGUGAAAGCACACAUGCAUUCACGCCACACAGACCCCUCCAUCUCUGGUAGCCAUUAACAUAUAUCACUGUUCCCCGUUCCUUUUGUCAAGAUGAUGAAGAAGAUGUGGUGUAGCAAAUUGCUCAAAAAGUCUAAGGAGGGAAGCCUCUGAUUUAUAUCUCUUUGCUGUCGGGGGAGGAAUAAGCAAUGAUUCAUAGAUCGCGGAGAAGCUCCAGCAGUGUCGUUUUAUAAGAUUUACCAUAUCCCCUUCCCCGGCAGCAAUAAUAAAUUCCUUUGUCCAUGAACUAUAUACAUGGAAGAAGAUGAAGAAGAUGACAAGAAUUUCAAACGUAAUGUCAAACAAGAAGCGGCCACGUAACAUGCACCGACAGGAGAGGGGGAGAUUUUGAGAAGUGGGUCAAACAGCGUCCGGCGGGGGACGGCCUCCGCCACUAUAUGUGUCUUGUAGAUCCAUACAGAAAGAGACUAUAUUACUUUUCUUUACUUUGAGAUCGAUAUUUGGGGGCACGUGUAGCAGUGUAGUUCAAUUUUGUUCAGCAGCUGCAGAUGAGGAGAAUGGGUGGAAAUCGGUACGGUAUCGGUAUUUUAAUAUCAAAUAUCAAAAGUACGAAUACCGAGCAUGCGUUAUAGGUCUCGUACAAGGUCAUCAAGUUUUCUAAGUGGUCAGCCAUGUAUAUCAUCAUGUGGUAGACCAGUUUGUCAAGACUCUGCAAGCAUGAUGCGCCACCCCAUGGGGGUCAGUGUGCAUGUAUCAACCCCCAAGCCCAUUGGUGUCGAGCACGACGUCAUGUCAGGGUGGUUAGCACAAGUACCGCCAAGCGUGAAGCCUUCACUCACUAAGCAAGACACCUCCAUGGCACAAGGGGCUAGCUAUCAAGUGAAGUCAUCAAGGUGCAAUGUAUCAAGUGGCAAGCACGUAAGACAGACAAAGGCGUCAAGCAAGCUACAUCAAGCACCAAGCAGAGGAGAAGCGGUUAACUAGAGACGCUUACACGGCGGUUACAAGUGAUGGCUAUAAAUAGGGGAGACGAAGACGAAGCAAGGAUUCCACAACCAAACAUUUGACACCACAUGUCAAACUUAUCGUUUCUCUGCAAUGUAGCAUAGUUGUAGCUUUUAGUUUUUGGAGCUCUCACUGAACCUCCAUAGGAGUAGAAGUAAUUUAACUUAGUUUUAUCAGCCAUCAAAAUCAUCAAACAACCUCGUUCGAACAUUGUUCGGAGAGGUGUGAACCGUGUUAUUAAUCGUUAUUCAAGAAGUCAAGGUGCAUUUAUUGAGUUCAGACACAAGUUUUUCCUCGCCGGAAAACAGAUAUGGACAUUGAAGUACCCACACCGUCCCAUUGCAGCCACUACUAGUUAGAACAGUAUAUUAUCUGAAUACGGUUUCGAGAGAGGGAGGUUGAUAGUAGUGACGGACCCAGGAUUCUUGAAUAGGUGUGUCGACUUAUAAAAUAAUAUAUUAAAUAAAAUUUACAAUAUCAU